AUGAACGUGAAGCCAGCGAAGACGGCUACACACGUAAAGCUGGAAGACAUUCUGCUUACGUGGUUUCGGGAAGUGACAGCAGCCGACGUCAACAUGGGCGGCAAGGUGCUACGUGAAAAGGCGUACAAUGUAGCGCUUUUUCUUGGCAUCGACAACUCUCAAGCUUCCGGCGGAUGGCUGCACCGUUUCAAAGAAUGGCAUGGAUUAGUUUACAAAGUUGUCAGCUGUGAAGCAAAGAAAAUGGACAAGUCGCAGAUGAACGGCUCGCUCAACACGCUGCUGGCUCUGAUUUCGAACUACGCACCAUGUGACAUAUUCAACGGUGACAAGAGAAGGCGUAUGGGAGACUUUGUGCCACCCAGCUGGUCGCACGUAAAGACCGUCAAGCAGGGCUUGGCGGCCUGUUUGACGGUAACAGGUGCAAUGGGUAGUGGAGACCUGAUGUCUCUGGGAAUCAGCACGGCGUGA